AUGAUACCUUCGAUACAGUCUCGAGGUCUCCUGCUGGCUAUGGAGAUACCAUAUCGACAUACAGUGUUACAACUCCGGUCUCAAAUAGUUCAAGUCAGAAUACGGCGUCAUCAUGUUGCGCGUCAAUUGACAUCACUUUCGUCCAGUCCAAGGAGAGUCAACUCCUUACACAGUCAAACAACAUAUCCGUCGAUAUACAAUGCAUCCCUAAGACUGUAUAGUGAUAAGCCCGUAGUACCAAGAGAUAAAUCCGCUAUUCCAGCGACUUCCUCAAUAGAACCUAAACCAGCUACUUCCAUUCCACCUCUACCUGCGUCAGACUCAGUCGAAUUGCAUGAGUCGCCAUAUACAAUUCCCAAUGCAUUGACUUUAGCUAGGAUAAUAGCUUGUCCUUUCCUGGGAUAUACAAUUGUUCAAGGAGAUUUCGCUUGGGCAACAGGAAUAUUAUUUGCUAGUGGUGUGUCAGAUUGGCUUGACGGGUGGUUAGCAAGGAGAUAUAAUUCUCGUUCCGUCCUUGGAUCUAUUCUUGAUCCAGCGGCCGAUAAGGCUCUUAUGACCACUUUGGUAGGAACUUUAGCUUGGUCCGGUCUUUUACCUCUACCUCUUGCUAUCCUCAUCUUUGGUAGAGAUUUCGGUUUGUCCAUGUCCGCUUUUUACUUUAGGUUCAUCUCACUGCCUAAACCACGUACUUUGAAGAGGUACUUUGAUGUCUCUAUACCUUCUGCAGAAGUCAAGCCCACCCAAAUUAGCAAGAUCAACACUGCUCUUCAGCUUCUGUUGAUGGGCCUCACGACUGUUUCGCCAUUACUUGGCUACUCAACAGCCGCGCCGUUACAGGCUCUUCAAUGGACCGUCGCUGGUACCACCAUUUGGAGCGGUUUCAGUUAUGUAGGUAGAUCAGGAGUCAAGAUCCUCACGCAACCGGGGAAGAAAGUGAUAUGA